CUUAUUUUAGUAAAAAUAUUAUUUUUUCUUAUAUCAAUUUUGUUUAGUAUUUCUAUUUCAAUAGUCAUGGUGUUUUUCUAUUAAAAAUUAUUAAAAAGUAAAUUUAGUUAAUUAUAAGAAAAAUAAGAUUACUUUUACGUUUUUAUUUUAUUUAGACUUUUAAAAAAGAAAUUAAUUAUUUUAUUUCUUUUAGAUUUUUAUACAAUUAUUUUAUUUUUAAUAGAAAAAUUUUGUUUAAUUAUUUAUAUAUUUUGUCUUAUACAUACAAACACAUAUUUAUCAUAUUCACACAUACUCAUGUACGAUAAUAACAUCAAAAUUAAAAGUUAUGCUAGCAUCAUAAGAUGUAAUAAGGAUAAUAAAAAGUUGAGUUGUAUCAAAAAAUUAAAAGAAAAUACUCAGGUAAUACUUUUCAUAUAAAUACUAUUGUUUUCUGUAAAAAUUAUAUGUGAAACUUUAAACCUAAAUAUAGAUGUGAAAUAAUUAUAGUUAUGUUUGUCUUAAAAAUUAAAAGAAAACACUCAGGUAAUACUUUUCAAAUUUCUUAUUAUUCCUAAUUUUUUUUACCAUUUAUAAGGUAUAGUUUUUUUUUUCAUUCUUUUUAUUUUAGAGGAAUAUAGAACAAAUUUGUUCCUCACUAAAAUUGAUAAGGAAUACUCUUCUUUUUUAUUCCUCUAAUUUUAUUCCUCUGCAUUUUUUCUCUACUCAUUCCUAAUGUUCCUAUAAUGGUCACUAGAAAGAUAUAAAAUCUUGUAGAUAAUUAAUCUUAAGGGGUAGGAAAUCAUGUAGAUAUAAUCUUAAGAGGUAUGAAAUCAUGUAGAUACUAUUUUAAGAGGUAUGAAAUGUUGUAGAUAAUCUUGAGAGGUAUGAAAUCAUGUAGAUAAUAUUAAGAGAUAUGAAGUCUUGCAGAUAAAGGGGUAGAAAUAUGUAGAAACUCAAGGAAUUGUAUACACAGCUUAAGGGGUAAGGGGUAAGCAUAUUCAUGUGUUAGAUCGGUUUGAUCUCAGCCGUCCAUCAAGGAAAGUUGGAAUGUGUAUAUAAAGGGGUGAUACCUCAUUGUAAAUUAUCAAACAAAAUUUUCUUCUUAAUUUUGGCUCUCUUGAAGAGUUUAAUUUUUUUGUGUUUUGCUUGUUUCAAUAAGUGAAGAAAAAUGGGACAAAAGCUCCACGCUCUUAUGUUCCCAUGGUUCGCUUUUGGUCACUUUACUCCAUACUUGCAUCUAGCCAACAAGUUAGCUGAGAAAGGUCACAGGGUUACUUUCUUGCUGCCUGCGAAAGCUAAAAAACAAUUAGAACCUCUUAACCUGUUCCCAGACAGCAUCGUCUUACAUCCUAUUACCAUUCCUCAUGUUGAUGGUCUUCCUGCUGGCGCCGAGACCCCCUCGGACAUCCCCAUCACGUUGUGGAAGUUCUUGAUCGUAGCCAUAGAUCGUACACGCGAUCAAGUCGAAGUCGCGGUUCGUGCUUCGAGACCGGACCUGAUCUUGUUCGAUUAUGCUUACUGGGUUCCAGAAGUGGCAAAGGAACAUGGAGUAAAGAGUAUGAUGUACAACGUGAUAUCAGCAACAUGUAUAGCUCAUGACCUUGUCCCUGGUGGUGGAUUCGGAGUUCCUCCACCUGGUUAUCCUUCAUCUAAGUUGUUGUUCCGCGCACAUGAUGCUCACGCCAUGUCGUCAUUCUCUGUUUACUACAAGAGGUUUUACGAUCGGUUUACCACAAGUCUUACGAAUUGUGAUUUCAUUUCGGUUAGGACGUGUGAAGAAAUUGAAGGUAAGUUUUGCGACUAUAUAGGGAGUCAGUACAAGAAGAAUGUUCUCUUGACCGGUCCAAUGCUUCCUGAGCUAGACAGAAGCCAACCGCUUGAAGACAAAUGGAAUCAUUGGCUGAGCGGGUUUGGACCAGGAUCUGUAGUGUAUUGUGCACUUGGCAGCCAAAUCACUCUGGAGAAAGACCAAUUCCAAGAGCUAUGUUUAGGAAUGGAGCUCACUGGUUUGCCGUUUUUUGUAGCGGUAACGCCACCAAAAGGUGCAAAGACUAUUCAAGAAGCGUUACCAGAAGGAUUCGAAGAGAGGGUAAGAGGUCGUGGAGUAGUUUGGGGAGAAUGGGUGCAGCAACCGUUGAUAUUGGCUCAUCCAUCAGUAGGCUGCUUUGUGAGCCAUUGUGGAUUCGGUUCGAUGUGGGAGUCUCUAAUGAGUGAUUGCCAGAUAGUCUUGAUUCCAUAUUUGGCUGAUCAAGUUCUCAACACGAGAUUGUUGACUGAUGAACUCGAGGUUGCGGUUGAAGUGCAAAGAGAAGAAACAGGAUGGUUCUCCAAGGAGAAUUUGAGUGUUGCGGUCAACUCUGUGAUGGACAAAGAUAGUGAGAUUGGGAGUCAGGUGAGGAAGAACCACUCCAAGUUGAAAGAGCUUGUGGUUAGUCCUGGAUUAUUAACCGGUUACACUGAUAAAUUUGUAGAGACUUUGGAGAACCUACUCAAGGAUACAAAACUUCAAUGAGUUUCUUUAGCUUGAUAAGAAGUACGUAGCAGUUGUUUCAAAUAAUGCAAAUAUUCUUAAACCAUGCAACGGAGCGGUUGUCUUUGUUCAUUUUUGGUUUUUAUAAAAUUUAUUUACUCAUUUGUGGUAUGCUUUUUCCAUUUAAACAAAAUUAUAAGCCGCAAGUUAAAUACAUUUAUAGCUUUAUGAUUUUUUUCUUGAGAAAAAUUUAUAGCGUUAUGUUCUUUUUUAUAGCGUUAUGUUCAAAAAAAUAUUUAUAGCGUUACCAUCAUGUCAGUGCUUAAAGGUAUAUUAUCUUUAAUUAUUGAUUACAUCAAGUGUUUUUUUUCUUAAUUCAGAGUUGAUCUUAUUAAAAAAUAGAAUUUAAGUUUUUUAUUUAUUUUGCAGAUAUAACAUACUAAAUUUCAGUUAUGAAUUGAUAAAAAAACCAAUAUGAUUCAAAAGGAUGAAUUGAUAGAACCAAACAUACAAAUUACAUAAACACCAGGGCUUGAAAGGCUGCAUCAAAGUUGUUUCCAUGGCCUUAGCUUCGAACCCCUCGAGAGUGAAAUCAGCGAUGAUGCACGGCUGAACUGACGGCUACCACCACCAAGAGUCACUCUCUGGGCACCAGUUUGGAGACUCACCGGAGAUCUAACCGCACGGAAGGGAAGAGUGGCCACUGUAGACGAAGCUCGACAAAAUAACGACAUUGCCGCCGGAGGAUUCUUCUAGGGUUUGUGCCAAGAAAUGAGGGCUGCGCUAGAGGAAGAUCGAAGGGAUUUUGAGACUCAGAGAGGGAGAUAAAGAGAGGUAUAAGGAUUUUAUAAUGACUGCCCCAACUACUUAAUGGGUAGCGAUCGAUCUAACAUUACAAUAUUCAUAUUCAUGCAUCUGAUGGUUGUCUUCGUAUUUCUUUUUUAUUUAUCUACUUGUAUUCUACGUGACGUGGAAGCGGACAACGCGGAAGAAAGUACCAAAACCUAGAAUCGAGCUGAUUUGCCAAGGCUUAAGAACCAUGUUCUAGCCCAGUUAUACUAUAUCUACCAUUGUUUAAGUACUUGUAUUGAUUGUUUUUUUUUUUUUUUGGUAAAAACUUGUAUUGAUUGUUAUAAAGCAUAUUCGGUAGCUUUGUACAAAUGCACACGUUUUUUUAGAAUACUCUGUAAAGAUUGUAUCCAGCACAUGUAUACGGAUCAUUCUAAGCUGACUUUGAGGAAGCUAAAAGGUGUGUGUAGUAAAAAGGAAAGAUUUAAUACAUCAAGAGGGAAGAUGCUAAGUUGCGGAAGCAACUCAAACUUGAGUUGUUUCUUUUUUUAUCUUUUGCCUCCUUAAGUUGCUUCCACUUCUCAACCGUGUUGAUAAGUUCACCAGUUUUGAUGAGAUAUAUUGCCUUCUCUCCAUCUUCAAGGACCUUGUGACCCACUCGGCUUACCACCUCCUUUUUUUUCUAAUACAACAUCACGUUUGAGCUUAAGAAUUUGUCCAGGCUCUUCAUGUGUGUGGUCUUGACGCUAACAUCUUUGAUGACAAUGGUACUGUUGUGGGUAAAGAUCUUAUUGAUUUCUCCAAUUUUGCCCUUGUCUCGUCCACAUAUAACUUUCCAACUUGACGUGCAUCUUGUGCAGGAUAGGAAGACUGUUUGGUUUGCAUUUUUUCCGUUCCCAACGCUUAAGCUGAAAUGGAAAAACACAACAGAGUAAUGUUGAAUAUAACAUAGCUCUUCAAGCUUGUUUCUUAGAAUGGUUAAUGAAUGGUUUGAGCAUAUAUAAUUAGCUUUACCCCAUCAUGAAGAUAGUCUAGACUGGGUGCCACGUCUUAAGCAAGGUAUACUCCUCUCAAAUCCAGCUCAACGGUUCAUGUGUUUUUCACCUGUGUAUCAAGAAAUCAUAUUGUAGUGUGUUUCAAAUUUGUAUAGGAAACGAUAAUACCAAGUUAACUCAUUUCAUACUCUUUUUUCCUUAAAUCCUUUAUAAAGAAAGAGACGAGUAAUUACAGAUGACAGUGAGUUGCAUUAGGAGUUGAUCCAAAGGGAAAAUUCAAGCAAAGGUGUCUUGGAGGUUGGGGGUAAUCUCUACAAGCAACCUGUUCAAGAGAUUCCAUCAAAUUUUCAAAACUAAAACUAGAAAAAAAAGUAUUGAUAUAGAAUUAAACCUAAACUUCAAAACUGAAACCUGGCCCGUCUCGUGGAUAAUAUCCAGAUCUUUUGGUAGGAGUCACUUCUUUUAAUCGUCUCCAUCUACAAGAAGAAUCAAAAGUGUCGCAGUCAAGAAUGUUUGAUUAUUUUUAAAGAAUGCUUUUUUUUUGUCAUCUAGUAGAUUAAUACUAACUUGACCAAAGUUUUACACCAAGCCAGCAAAUAUAUGUAAUCUUUCUGGAGCCAUAAGCCGGACAGGUGAUAUGCACCCUCCGGAGACAGAUUAGUACAGCCACUAAAACAUAAACUAGACACAAAAAAAAAGACAAAGUUGAUUUGGAACAUAGGGAGAUAGACAAUACUCUUCACAAGAGGAGAAGAUGGAUGGAGCUGGAAGCAGAGAUGAGUGUGAAAAUGAUGCAAGCCUAAUUAUUUGAGUUCGAAGAUGACCUCCUAGAACAGUUUCACAGGUGAACCCCGUUCAAACCAUACCUAAAAUUGCUUCAUCAACAAGAAGCCCACAAGAGAGACGAUCUUCAACCCGAGCAGCCAAAGAAGACGACGGUUGGCAAUUAACUACUCAAAGACUGCACACAAUUGAGUUAAGACUCCACAGCCUGUUAAGAAAUCCGGAGAAACCCGUUGGUUUCAAACCAAGGAACUGCACAACUUCCCCACUUCGUAAUAUAAUACAAUUAAUAUGUGUAUCUACUGCUUGGCAGUAACACAAACCCGGUCCAUCUUCUGCUUCAGCUGCUGCCACCCUGUGGUAGAAUCUUUAUAAAUACAUAAUGAUUCACAAAAGAAAAGUAUUUAUUUAAUGGAGUAGUUCACAAAGGAAAGUAUAUUUAUUUAAUAGAAUAAAGAAAAGAAAAGGGACCUUUUGGAGAGAUUCCUUAGUGUUAUUUCUGUGUUAUUCCAACACAUCACUUGUUUAUCAGUUUCUUUAUUUCUCAAGGUUUAUUCUAUGAAGCUUAGAAAAGUCAUAAUGUCAGCAAUUUAUAUCGUUAGAACUUGGAACUGCUUGGAUUUGGAAUAUUGUUUUUCAAACAAUUAAGUAUUGAUAAAAUUUUGGAGAAGUAUAAUUUAUUAAGUUAGUUAAUUCUGUUUUUUGGCAGAAAACUUAUAAUUUGAUUUUUUUAUGAAGCUUUUAUGGUGUGAUUUGUGAGGAAAGAACACAACGCGUAGACGUUUAUACAUUUGAGGGGACCCAUCCUGUUAUCUCCACUUGGAUGUUGCGAUUGGGUGUGUCUGUUAGUGUUAGACACGUGGCGUUUCAGGAUCCUCUUGUCGGAUAGGAAGACUUUGACUUUCAACAAGAAACCGUUUUUAUUUUUGAGUUAACUGGCCCCCGUACUAGGCCCGAGCAUAAUAUCCGUAACCCAAAAUCAGAACCGAAAAACCCGAUACAUAUCCGGUCUGAAAUAUAAAAAAUAUCCGAAUGGGUCUUGUAAGGCGGUACAAAAUAUAUCCGAACCCGAAGUGUUAUUAACCGAACCCGAACGGAUAACCCGAAAAACCGAAAAAUCUGAAAAAAUAUCCGAAGAAACCGAUCCAAAUGUCCAAAAUAAUAUCUAUAUAUAUAUAUAAAGAUGUUGGUGACCCUCCUAUGAUGCCACGUGGAAAGUCGUGCAUCCUAGAAGCGACACAUGUCCCCUUUCACAAAAACGAUGCGUUUCAUUUAUUUUUGUUUGUGUUCCGUCUGGGUUUUCGUUUUUUCUGUUGUCAUUAUUUUAGUUUAUAAAGUCCAGUCCACUAAGAAUUAACUCCAAAUGUAUAUUCGAGACUUAUACAUAUUGGACUACUUUGUUAAAUUGGGCCAAAUUCUAAUCUUAACAAAAUAAUAUAGUAGAAAAUAUAAAACAAUUUUAAAUUAUUAAAAUAUUACAGACAAAAAUAAACAGAAAUUAUAAUAAAUCUAAAUAUAGAAUACUUAUGUCGGUAGAAGAAGAUACGACAAUAAUGGCGAUGGUGGAAGAAAUGACAACGGUGGUGGCCGGAACAAAUGACAGUGCUCAGUUGCAAAUAUGGUAAAUGUAAACAGCGUCGGUGGUGAUGUGUAAAUGGUUCUCCACGUUCUACUCCAAGAAGUCAGAUCUGAAACAUGCAAAUGAAAAGGAAAAUAAGU